AUGAAGCUGCAGCAGCUGCUGCUGUGUUUGGGACUGACCCUAGUCUGUGACCAUGCAGAAGAAGCUAGUUCCACAAGACGAAACUUUAAUGUAGAAAAGAUUAAUGGGAAUUGGUAUUCUAUUGUCGUGGCCUCUGACAGAAGAGAAAAGAUAGAAGAGCAUGGCAACAUGAGAGUUUUUGUGGAGAACAUCCAUGUCUUGGAGAAUUCCUUAGCCUUUGAAUUCCAUACCGUAGAGUGCACCAAAGCAACUGUGGUUGCUUACACAACAGAGAGGGAUGAUGAAUAUUAUGCCAAUGAUGAUGGAUACAAUACGAUUUCUAUACUUUACACAGACUAUGAUAAUUAUAUUAUGUUUCAUGUCCAACAUUUCGAAGAUGGAAAAACCUACCAGCUGAUGUUUCUUUUUGGCCGAGAACCAGAUCUGAGUUCAGACAUCAAGGAAGAGUUUGCAGAUCUAUGCGAGAAGCAUGGAAUUGUUAGGGAAAAUAUCAUUGACCUCACCAACACCAAUCGCUGUCUCCAGGCCCGAGAUGGAGGAGAGGCCUGAGCCUCCAGCUUACUCAGUGUUGAGUGGAGACUUCUCACCAGAAUUACAGCAUCAUUCCUUCCUGUCCAAAAGCAUGCUGCAACAAGUUCUAGAUCAGGAAGA